GCACCAACAUACCCUUCGUGACUUCGUCCUCACAAGACCAGACCCAGACCCGAAACCGAGGGCAACAUGGCGAUGGCGGCUCCCCUUCCUCCCCACUGCGCCGCCGCCCUCCUGCGAUAGCGCCGCCGCCUCUUCUCGCCUCCCCUCUACCCAUCAAGCACUAGAUCCCCCUUCCCCUUCCACCCGCUCCCCUGCGCUCCCCGCCGCGCCAUCAGGCCCUAGCCCUAGUCUUCGAGCGAGGCAGCGGAGACACGCCCCGGCGAUUUGUGGUGGCAACUUCCUCCGGCUCUUGCCUCUCCGGUUGCUCCAUGUCGGCUGGCGACAGCGCGGCGGUGUCGGCCGUGGAGGGGAAGCUCGCGGAGGUCUCUACCAACAGCGACUUGAAGAGUCUCCCCAAGAGGGGCAAGGCUGCAUCAGGGAGGACACUAAACACUGCCCAGAUUCAGCUUGUCGCAAGGCAUCCGGAGGUUUAUGAACCAUGUGAUGAUUCCUUUGCCCUUGUUGAUGCGCUGCUCUCUGACAAAGCUCAACUUCUGGCACUACAGCCGAGUUUAUGCCUUGAGGUAGGAUGUGGCAGUGGUUAUGUCGUCACAUCUCUGGCCAUCAUGCUCAGGCAAUUAGGCUCUGGAACCCACUACUUAGCAACAGAUAUCAACCAACAUGCUGUGGAGACAACUCAAGCAACACUUGAAGCACAUGGCAUUCAUGCAGAUGUUAUUGCAACUGAUAUUGUGUCAGGUCUUGAGAAACGUCUGGCUGGUAUGGUUGAUGUGGUUGUUGUGAACCCUCCUUAUGUGCCAACACCUGAGGAAGAAAUCGGGAUCAAGGGCAUUGCUUCAUCUUGGGCUGGAGGGCUGAAUGGGCGCCAAGUGAUUGACCGAAUUCUUCCUGCUGUGCGCGAGCUGCUAUCAGAAAGAGGGUGUAUGUACAUGAUUGCCCUUGAAGAUAAUGAUCCUUUGGGUAUAUGCCAUUUGAUGAAUGAGAAGGGGUAUGCAUCGCGUGUUCUCUUGAAGAGAUGUACUGAAGAGGAGAGCCUUUAUGUUCUCAAGUUUUGGCAAGACCCCACUGCUGGCUCAAGUGCUUCUCCAUCCGCUAAAUCUCCAGGCAGCGAGUCCUCAUGGAUUUCUCAGUUGCCUUUCAGAUCCUUUUGGCAAAAGAAUAAUAGCAGUUCUUGACCUCAUCAAUUCAGUCUCUCCCGUUCUGAAAGAUGGCAAGCAAGGAACGGUUUGCAAAUUUCCUAUGUGGUACUUAGACGUGUUUGAGUUAGGUCUUUCCUGUUGAGUUCUGAUGUGCAUCGGAGAACAACAAGCAAACUGACACGGUGAGCUGAAGUACGAUCCUGUGAGCAAUCAAUCAAACGUCUUCCUUUCUCUUUUUUGUGUCGGCUAAAAUCUGCACCAUGUUCGCAUUGUGUGUAUAUGUGGUUAUUAUGGAUCUAUUUAUUCUGAAGGUGACUUGCGUAGUUUGGGACCUUUUGUCAUGUUAUUCUGGAAUUUGUACAAAACUAGCUACAAAGUUACCACUAUAUGGUCCAUCUGUUUAAUAAUGAUGGUAUGCUUGUUCCCGUGCC